AUGUCCAACAGCAGCUCCAUCACCCAGUUCCUCCUCCUGCCGUUCACAGACACACGGGAGCUGCAGCUCUUGCACUUCUGGCUCUUCCUGGGCAUCUACCUGGCUGCCCUCCUGGGCAACGGCCUCAUCAUCACCACCAUAGCCUGGGACCAGCACCUCCACACCCCCAUGUACUUCUUCCUGCUCAACCUCGCCCUCCUCGACCUGGGCUCCAUCUCCACCAUUGUCCCCAAAUCCAUGUCAAAUUCCCUCUGGGACACCAGGGCCAUUUCCUAUUCAGGUUGUGCUGCGCAGGUCUUUCUGUUUUUGUUUUUCAUUUCAGCAGAGUUUUAUCUCCUCACCAUCAUGUCGUACGACCGCUACGUUGCCAUCUGCAAACCCCUGCACUACGGGACCCUCCUGGGCAGCAGAGCUUGUGUCCACAUGGCAGCAGCUGCCUGGGCCACUGGGUUUCUCAAUGCUCUGCUCUACACGGCCAAUACAUUUUCACUGCCCCUGUGCAAGGGCAAUGCCCUGGGCCAGUUCUUUUGUGAAAUCCCCCAGAUCCUCAAGCUCUCCUGCUCACACUCCCACCUCAGGGAACAUGGGCUUAUUGUGGUUAGUGCCUGUUUAGCAUUUGCGUGUUUUGUGUUCAUAGUGGUGUCCUAUGUGCAGAUCUUGAGGGCCGUGCUGAGGAUCCCCUCUGAGCAGGGACGGCACAAAGCCUUUUCCACCUGCCUCCCUCACCUGGCCGUGGUCUCCCUGUUUGUCAGCACUGCCAUGUUUGCCUACCUGAAACCCUCAUCCAUUUCCUCCCCAUCCCUGGAUCUGGUGGUGUCAGUUCUGUACUCAGUGGUGCCUCCAGCAGUGAACCCCCUCAUCUACAGCAUGAGGAACAGGGAACUCAAGGAGUCUAUAAGGAAAGUGAUGAAUGUUUGCUUUUCAAAAGCAGUAAUGAACUGACCUCCUGCUUCUGCAUGUCACUUGUAAUAUAACUCAUACCAGUUCAACCUGAGUUUUGUACUUUUUUUUUUUUUUUCUUUGGUUUUAGGUAUUCUUUCUUGUAUUAAUGCUACCCACAACCAAAAUUAUUUUUCAUCUUAUAUCUAUGUCCAUAUCUACCUGUCUGGUGUGACCCGUUGUCUUUUUCUAAAUAAGGAGCUGUACUCUCUGUGUGUAUAAAUGAAAUAAAGGACCCCGCACUGACUUGUUUGCCCAGAAUCCUCUCUCUGGGAUCUCUGGGGCUGCAGGAGCCAUGUCUGUGUGCUGAGGGGGAGUGAGCAGGACCCACCCUGAGCUGGGUCUUCCUCCCACCCUGACCAAUGUGAAUCUGUGGACUCAACCCAUGGCCCUGGGCACCACAGCCCACUUGCUCUGCAGUUCGGAGCUGUAUGGAGCGUGGGAAGGGGGGCAGGAACAGCUGGCCAGGUCAGCAUAGCUCAGCUCUCUUGGGAAAGGGCUCUGUGGGGAGACGGGAUGUUCCAGGAGAAGCAUGGGGCACUGUAUGUGUGCAGGAAAGACAUGGAAAGAUAAACCCUUUGCUGCAGGUGGCAGCUUGGGGCAGGCAGCCCUGGCACUGGGGCAGCAGCUUCUCAUGUUUAGUGUUGUUUUUUUUUUUUUUUUCGAGGGAUGUUUUGUGUUCAUCGUGGUGUCCUAUGUGCAGAUCUUCAGGGCCGUGCUGAGGAUCCCCUCUGAGCAGGGACGGCACAAAGCCUUUUCCACCUGCCUCCCUCACCUGGCCGUGGUCUCCCUGUUUCUCAGCACUGCCUUGUUUCCCUACCUGAAGCCCCCCUCCAUGUCCUCCCCAUCCCUGGACCUGGUGGUGUCAGUUCUGUACUUGGUGGUGUCUCCAGCAGUGAACCCUCUCAUCUACAGCAUGAGGAACCAGGAGAUGAAAGUGUCCCUGAAGAAGCUGAUUCAGUCAUUUUUCUGUCGGCAACAAUAAGUUACCCAUGUCUCUUUAGAAGUGAUUUCCAGUUCAUCUCAGGAACCUCCUGUGCAUUGUGCAUUUUAUCUGUGAUAACCAUGUUUGUCAAGGAAUUUCUUCACCCACGGCACUUCUCCAGAGCAGUGACUCAGAGGCCUCUCUACCUGUUUCUGGGGCCCUGGUACAGCUGAUGUCCUGUGUCACUUCUCUGUAAUACAGGUGUGGACCCAUUUUGAAAUCACUGUAUUUCUGAAAUUGGGGCCAUCUUUUUGAAACACCCCACAAAAGGGGAUUUCCUCAGUCUCAAUAUUUGGAGCUUGGGCUCUUCUUCCAAAGCUGUGGUCAGCCUGAAUAAAUUUCCCCCACAAGGCCAUGCUGCCGUACUUGUGUUUUUCAUGGCUCAGGGGAGGACUUGGGGCACCAUGUUACGUCAUGGUGCUGGUUUGAGUGUCCAUCUGUGGGUGCUCAUUGUUCCUGGAGAUGGUGAAGGACCUUCAGUGAUCUGCCUUGGACUGUCUCGCUGUGGUUUCCAGGCACCACAGCCUGCUCCCUGUGCUCUGUGCUUCAACAGGAGAAUGAAUGACCCACAGAACCCUGUCUCUGCAUUCCAAAGCUCAGGGCAGGCUGCUCUGUCACUGCGGUAGCAGGAGCAGCAUGAAGAGCUCCUGGCCAGGAGUCGUGUGCUGGUGAGAGGGGCUGGCACAGGAGGGCUGACACCAACGGGUGUAAAGGACCUCUUGGAAACAAGAGCAGGGGACAAAGCGGGGCUGGCCUUGCUUCCAUCAUGCCAUGGCUGGCCCCAGGCCUUAGGCUGAUAGGCUGAUCCUCCUCUCUGUCCCAAUCCAUCUAUCUAUCUAUCCACCCAUCUGUCCAUCCGUCCAUAUCAGUACUCCAUCUGGGUGAGCUGCCCCAUCACGUUUCUCAUCCCAAAGAGAUCAUGUAAUAAUUUAAGUUGGGAGAGACUCUCAAGACCAUUGAGUCCAAUUAUUAACCUAACUCUGGCACUAAACCAUGUCCCUAAGAACCUCAUCUGUAUGUCUUUUAAACACCUUCAGGGAUGUUCACUCAACCACUCCAUGGGCAGCCUGUUCCAAUGCCUCACAAACUCUUCCGUGAAGAAAUUUUUCCUAAUAUAUGAACUGAAUUUUCCUGGGUGAAACUUGAGGCCAUUUCCUCUGCUUCUGCAAUGGCCAUAUGGGAGAACAGACCAACACCCUCCAUGUUCCAACCUCCUUUCAGGUAGCUGUAGACAGCAAUAAGAUCUCCCCUCAGCCUUCUUUUCUCCAGGCAAAACAGCGCCAGUUACCUCCACUGCUCCCCAUCUGACUUGUUCUCCAGACCCUUCACCAGCUUUG